AUGGUGUAUCGUUGGUGUAUUCUUUUUGUUCUAUUGUUCAUUGUUAUUCGAAGUGAUCAUCAUAGACCUUUUCAUAAAUAUCGUUCAUUAGAAGAUAGACCAAGUCCGUACGGAUGUAAUCGAACGAAAGGUGUUUCAUUACGAUCAUCUAGAAGAAAUAUUAACGAUUUAUAUGUUUCAUCAACACUUUAUGCGAGUGACGAAGAAAUUACCGUGACGUGGAAUGAAACGUUGAUAUAUUGUACAGAUGACUAUAUUGGCAUUUAUUUUACUGAAAUUCCUCUAUUCACAGGUGCUUGUGCUUAUUAUGAUUAUGAAUUCAUACAAACCAACCAAACAAAAAUGUCUUGGGAAAUGAUCAAUUUACGUCGCCCACUUGAAUUUCGUUAUUAUUCGCGAGAAAAUCAUUGUUCUGGUAAUUACAGUCUAAUCGCCAGAUCUCCGACUGUUGAACCUAUGAAUUACAAUGCGCCCGAGCAAAUUCAUUUAGCCUAUGGUGAUAGAAUUGAUCAAAUGUUUAUCUCAUUUGUUACAAAUUCAACAAAUGUAGUACCACAAUGUCAAUAUGGAUUCGAUCCUUCAUCACUUCAAUGGAACGUACAAGGAACAACGAUUACCUAUCAAGCAUCAGAUAUGUGUGAAGGACCAGCGAAUAUAACUGGACCACAAGCAUUUAUCGAUCCUGGCUAUAUGCAUACAAUACUUUUACAAGAUCUUCGCCCAUCAACAAUUUAUUACUAUCGUGUCGGAAGUGAUGAACAUGGUUGGUCUUCGAUACGAUCGUUUACAAAUCGUCCAACAGAUAUAAAUACACAAGUGAAUCUAAUCGCUUUUGGUGAUAUGGGUGUUUCACCCGUAUAUCCCGGCGCGAAGUCGACAAUGGAUCGUGUUCGUGCACGAGUAUUAACUGAUGAUGUAACAUGUGUUUUACAUAUCGGUGAUAUUAGUUAUGCGAGAGGCAUCGCUGCACUUUGGGAUGCAUUUAUGACGCAAAUCGAACCAAUUGCUUCUCGUGUACCUUAUAUGGUUGGCAUUGGUAAUCAUGAAUAUGAUCAUCUGACAGGUGGAGACAAAGAUCCCAGUGGUGCACCGGGACCUGGUGGAUUUCGACCAGAAUGGGGCAAUUAUGGAUACGAUUCAGGUGGUGAAUGUGCGGUACCAAUGGUACAUCGUUUUCAUUCGCCAUCAAAUGGUAAUGGAUUAUUUUGGUAUAGUUUUGAAAUUGGUCCAAUUCAUGUUGUUUAUUAUUCAACUGAACAUGAUUUUCUUCCUUCAUCAGCACAAUAUGAUUGGAUCGAAAAAGAUCUUCGAUCAGUAAAUCAUACACGUACACCUUGGUUGAUCAUUGGUUCACAUCGACCAAUGUAUACAACAGUCGUCCGUGAUAUUGGUAAUAAAAUCACAGAAAUGCUACAUCUUUCUUUAGAACCAAUGUUUUACAAAUAUCGUAUUGAUCUUAAUCUUUUCGCACAUAUUCAUUCAUAUGAACGAUCAUGUCCAAUGUAUCUCGAACGAUGCGUUGAUGAUGGUGUUACACACGUACUAAUGGGAAUGGCAGGACAUAAUUUAGAUUACGAUACGUAUACAGGUGCAAAAUGGAGCGUCUAUCAUGAUCAACAAUUUGGUUAUACACAGAUUGUGGCGAAUCGAAGUCUUUUACAUUUUAUAUAUCGUCGUAAUGUUGAUGAUUUGAUAGGAGAUGAGUUUACGCUCAUGAAAUAA